GGCGGAUGGCCAGCAGAACUUAGUGAGUCGAAGUUUCAAAACACAGCAGUUGAUAUGCUGGGAUAUAGUUCAAAAGGAGAUGUAUCUGACAGAGUUAGGUUGGAAAGUAUUUUUCGGUCACGCUUUUCCAGUCCAAACAUAGAAGAUGAAUAUAGUUACAACUUAUCGUACCUCAUUUCCCACAAUAUGUUCGGAUCGACAACUGUGACAACCCAGCCAAACAAACACAAAGACCUCGGGUGCCGAAAAGUAGAAUGUCGGAUACAUAAUAAUUUUUCAUCCGUGGGAAAAUAUAUAAGUCAACUGGAUGACGUGCCGGUCAAACAGCUGGUGGAGUUUAACCACGAUAGCUCCAGAAACCGGCACUUUUUAAAUGGAAACGGAAAGUGCGCGUGUGCACAACGUGAAAAAGAGCACUACGACGAGAAAGAUCUCUUCCCUUCUUGCAGGCUGCGGAACAAGAAUCAUGAAAGUGGAGGAACCCUGGAGCGAAAACAGAUGGCCAGAAAGGCCUUUGUUAGUGCUCAUCAACCAUCAGACUCACCCUAUCCUGGCCUCCAUAUCUACGUUACUGAAUCUCCACCGAGGCCAUUUUAUGAGGUCAUGUCGUCUAUGCAGACUCACGCACAGUACCCUAGGAAGACCGUUGCUUGUGAUCCGAUAAAAUCAAAACCGAAGCCAACAACAAGACAGCGUAGACUUUCGGACAAAAAGCCUGACCCAAGUGUGCAUGAACGGCUUCCGCAAAGCAUCAAAAACAUGACUUCCUCCUGCUUAGAGGCAAAGAGUAUACCGUCUGUCGCCUCCAGGAUCGAAGCACUAUUUUCCACAAUGCAGCUACAUGAUGAAUACGAGUCGAGCGACUCUUUAAACGGAAAAUCCUUCCCAGUGCGAGAUCAAGGCUUGGCUCCUAAUCCCGUUGAGGAGACAAACGAAUAUUGCUUCACUUGUUGCAAACGGACCUAUGCGGUGGACCGAAUAGUGAUUGGUGAUCGGACUUAUCACAAAGGAUGUUUUCGUUGUACUACUUGCCAGCGGACAUUGCUACCUGGAACAUUUGCCUCUUUGGAUGGUGUUAUUCUCUGCAAGCCGCACUAUGUCGAGCAGUUUCGGAGAACUGGUCGUUAUGAAGUUCGAAAAUCCUCAAUAUUUGAACUCCCCGACCAACAUGAAGGUCCGAUGACCUUGGAAAGUGAUUCUUCUUCCCACUCGAAUUCCACUGGACCCAGAAGUUUGGAGAAACAUUCCAGUAUGUUUCGUCGCAUUUCGCCAUUUUCCCUCAGUUCGAAUCGAGCUGGUCAAGCUAACCGCUUUCUGCUUAACCACAACUGAUUCACCAAGCAUCGAGCUUCAUCGGCUAUCGGCACCAUCCUUAGCAUCACUUUUUCCAAGUGAAAAUACAGGAUAU